AUGGCCAGUCCAGCUGCUAGAAAACGUCUCAUGAAGGAGCUGGCAACGAUGCAGCUAGAAGGUUGUCCACCUUACACUUACGCCAGGCCAGAGGAGUCUAAUAUUCUCAUUUGGCACUUUGUAUUUUUGGGUAAUGAGGAUACACCUUAUCAAGGUGGUGAGUAUCACGGUGUUUUGGAGUUUCCAAAGGACUACCCAUUCUCGCCUCCGCAUAUCAAAUUCCACACCCCAAGCGGACGAUUCAAACCAAAUACAAGUAUAUGUACAUCGUUUAGUGAUUUCCACAAGGAUACAUGGAACCCAAUGUUAUCAGUCUCAACUAUACUGACAAGUUUGUUGUCCUUCUUUAAUGAGGAUGCAGUAGGAACUGGUGGUAUGACGACUUCCGAUGAAGAGAGAAGACGAUUAGCAAGGGAAAGCAAGGCAUUCAAUAGAGAUAGAAGUAGAAAUGUCAAGUUCAGCAAAGUGUUCGAUGAGCUCCUACAUCCUACUGACGGUCAGAAGAGCUUGGAUGAGGUACUGGCUGACUCAAUAAAGCAGAAAGUAGUAAUACCAAAGAAGCCAACAGAUGAUGACAAUACUAAAACUAAAACUGAGCCAUCUAGCAAGUCCAAUCCAGAUACUAAAGGGGUGGAAAAAUCUCUAAAUAAUCUGACGAUAAAGGACAACGCGGAUCCAAAAACGAAAGAGAGCAGCAGCAACAUAGACUCAAGCAAUAAAUUAGCUACUAGUGAUACACCAGCGACAGGAGUCAAACCCCCAGCAAAGAAAGGAAGUGCGAUGUCUAGGUUCAGAGCUAAGGUGAAAAACAAUGCAACUGACUAA